AGAUAUUCAAAAAUAUAGAUUCAGUUUCACUCAAUGUUUUGUUUGCAAAAUUAUUUAAAUUUAAUUUCUCCUAAUCUAGUGUGUAUCUAAACUUUAUUGUAAAAAUUUAAAAUUAAGAACUGAAACGAGUGGCCUAAACCUAUAGAUAUUCAAAAUGAAUGUUAUUCAAGCCGUAAAGUUGUAUAUAACUAAAAUGACAGAGGAGAGUGGUCCUGGGAUGAAAGUUAUUCUUAUGGAUAAAGAAACUACUAGUAUAGUAAGCAUGGUCUUUAGCCAGUCUGAAAUCCUACAGAAGGAAGUGUAUCUUUUUGAGAGGAUAGACAGUGUGGCAAAAUGGGACAACUUGAAACACAUGAAGUGUAUAGUAUUCAUUAGGCCCACUUCUGAAAAUCUUGCUCUAUUGUGUAGAGAACUAAGGUGUCCUAAGUAUGGGGUUUACUAUGUUUAUUUUAGCAAUGUAAUAUCUAAGUCUGAUGUGAAGACUCUGGCAGAGUGUGAUCAGCAAGAGUCAGUAAGGGAGGUGCAAGAGGUGUUUGCUGACUACUUAGCUGUUGAUAGACACCUUUUCUCUUUCAACAUUGUUGGAUGCUUACAUGGUAAGUCAUGGAAUCAACAACAUCUCCAGCGGUGUUCUCAAGGCCUGCUUGCUUUAUUCUUGUCAUUAAAAAAACGACCUGUUAUCCGAUAUGCAUCUGGUUCAACAGCCUGCUCUCGGCUUGCGGAGAGGGUUAAGGAGUUAGUAAGAAGAGAGUCAGCUCUGAUGGACAGUAAUAUACCGUACAGUGACAUAGCUCCACAAUUGCUAAUUUUGGACAGACGUGAUGAUCCAGUUACUCCUUUAUUACAUCAGUGGACAUACCAAGCAAUGGUCCACGAAUUGUUGACUAUUAACAAUAAUCGUGUGAGCCUAGCACAUGUUCCUGAUGUUCACAAGGACUUGAAAGAGGUAGUGCUAGCUGCAGAACAGGAUGAGUUUUAUGCUAAGAAUCUCUAUUCAAAUUUUGGUGAGAUUGGACAAACAAUCAAAUCUCUUAUGGAGGAGUUCCAGAGGAAAGCAAAAAGCCAUCAAAAGGUUGAAAGUAUAGCAGAUAUGAAGAACUUUGUUGAGACUUACCCGCUUUUUAAGAAAAUGUCAGGAACUGUGUCAAAACAUGUGACUGUUGUUGGAGAGCUGUCAAGUACAGUCGGGCGACAUGAGUUGCUGCAAGUCUCCGAACUGGAGCAGGAGCUUGCCUGUCAGACUGACCAUGCAAAGCAUUUGCAGCGUUUAAAAGGCCUCUUCAACAACGAAAAAGUCCGAACAGAAGACCUCGUUAAACUGGUAGCACUAUACGCUCUCCGAUACGAGAAACAUGCGAGUAACGCGCUCUCGUCCCUGGUGGAUUCGUUGAAAUCUCGUGGGGAUGAAGUUGCGCGUGCGCCGGUCCUUGUAUUGGAGUAUGGCGGGGCUCAUUCAAGGCAAAGUGAUUUAUUUGGAUUGCAAGAUGCAGCUAAGAUUACAAAGAGAUUGUUCAAGGGCCUAAGUGGCGUAGAAAACAUUUACACCCAACACAGUCCCCUACUAAAAGACACAUUGGAAGAUCUUCUCAAGGGAAAACUUCGCGAAAAUCUUUACCCGUCAGUAGGUGGAGAGGAUAUUACCAGAAGACCCCAAGAAGUAAUAGUUUUCAUUGUGGGAGGAGUAACAUAUGAAGAGGCAUUUUGCGUGCAUCAGUUAAAUCAGACGAACCCAGGCGUAAGGAUUAUACUUGGCGGAACAACAAUACAUAAUUCCACCUCGUUUUUGGAGGAAAUAAAGUAUGCAAUGCAAGGUGUACAGAGGAUGCACACGCGGCAUAUAAGGAAUGUCUAAUCUGUUGUCGAUGGAUUUAAAUUAAUAUUUAUUAAGUCAUUAUUAUCAUAGUCUAUGAAAGUCCAUUCAGCCAUCAACACCAAUCAAAUAAUCUUGAAGUUAUAUUACUGAUUGUUACUCAAUUUGUCUAUGUACGAUUGAGUUUCACGUAUGAUCUCUAUUUGCAGUUAGUAAAGAAAAACAAGUAUGAAAAAAUGUUUCUAGUUUAUAAGGGUAUACUGUAUCAUAAUAAGUUGACUGAUAAGUUUUUAUUUUUGGAGUUUAGGAUGAUAGAGAAAAUCUUGUAAAGGAUGUGGAACAUUCGGAAUUGUAAAAAACUAUAAGAAAUGUAUAGUUUUUGAGAGAUGGUGUUAACAACCUAUAUAGUAUAAACUAUAUU